CUGUCAGGUUCUUAUUUCUUUCUUCUCAGUUGCAGGGAUCUAGUGCUCCCCAGCCACUGAGGUGAUUCCCCAGGGAUUGGCUUUAGCCCAGGUUCAUGGGGACUUGGCUGUGCCUGGCACACACACAGACACCCCCCACCAUCCCCAUAUUACUCCCUUCCAGGCUGCUGUACUAGGGCCUAGAGGUGUCCCUGACUUUGGCUCUUGUGUGACUGUCCCCACCCCCCAGGAAGUUUGUUGGCCUAAGGUUGUCUGGGACCUCCAGGGCCAGAUGUCUGGGGAAAUCACCACACAGCCACAUGGUCUAGUCCAGGGCAGCCUGAACAGGAAGGGGUGGCAGCUGCAUGCCCCACCCCUGGACAUCACAGAGGCCGGCCUGCAGGAUGAGGCCUGUCAUCCGCUUGACCAUUUCCUCUAUCCAGCUGCUCAGAGCCUUGUUGAGAUGGAGCUAGACUUGAGGAAGGACUUACCGACGAUGUUGGGGUCUGGCUUCAGAUGAGGAUAUUGAGACUCAACAGUGUUGGAGUCAGUCUCCUGAGCAUGUCAGAAGAGCUGGGAGGUCUUCCUCAGGUCUCCUGACUCCAGGUGGAUAUUCUUUCUGCUAGAGGCAGGUACAAGGACACCCCCUUCCUGGGCAGGAUGAGAGUAAAGAAUGAGGUCAGAAUGCGAAGUGCCAUUGGAGCCUGGAACAUAGUAGGACAAUGACUGCACCUGCACCCAGGACCACAGUGAACAUUCUCUGAGCUAAUGCAUAAAAAGCAUUUAGUGUCCCACAUGGCACUUAGAGGCCACCAUUCACAGGAGCUCACCUGUUGUGGAAGAGGAGGUUAGUGACUUGGUGGGGCCUCCUCCCUGCCACCAACAAUGCCCUCCAUCCCUUUCCCUCUCUUGAGUCCUCCUCUUUUCCUAUUUACCCUGUUUCCUACUUCCUCUAGCAUAUGGCUUGUGCUCACCUCAGGGCCUUUGCACUUGCUGUUCCCUCUCUGCAGCUCUGGUCUCCCAGAUGCUUGAUGACUGACUAUCGUUUCUGGGGUCUUAGCAUAAAUGUCACCUCCUCCAGGAUGGUGUGCCUGACUGCCCCAGCUGAUUUCUCUCUAGUGAAGCCAUUCUACAUUUCACUUGAUAGGUGAUAAUUUUGUUUACUCAUUUAUUCAGCAUCUUUCUCUCGUCCCUGCCAGGCUGUGGGCCUCAGGUAGGUGGACACCUUGUCUGUCUUGUUCCCAUUGUCCUUGGUGACUGGCAGCACAUAGUAGAUGCACCUCACAGACAGAGCCCUGCUCUUCUGGAGUUCACUGUUUAAUGAGUGAGGCAGGAUUGAACAAGCAAAGAAAAGUUUUGAUUUUUAAAAAAUUUAUUAUUUUUAAUUGUGGUAAGCUACACAUAACAUAAAAUCAGCAUCUUAACCAUUUUUAAGUGUACAGUUCAGUGACAUGAAGCACAUUCACAUAGUUGUGCAACCAUCACCACCAUCCAUCUCUGGAACUCUUUUCAUUUUGCAGAACUGAAACUACCUAUUAAAUAAUAACUCCCCAUUCUCUGCAUCCACCCCAGACCCUGGCUGCCACCAUUCUAUUUUUUGUCUGUGCAAAUUUAACUACUUUAUGUGGCUCAAAUAAGUGGAAUCAUGCAGUAUUUGUCUUCUUGUGACUGGCAUAUUUUGCUUAGAAUAAUGUCCUCAAGGUUCAUCCAUGUUGUAAUGUGUGUCAGAAUCCCCCUCCUUUUUAAAGGCUAAAUAAUAUUCCAUUGUAUGUACAUACCACAUUUCAUUUAUCCAUUCAUCUACUGAUGGACACUUGGGUUGCUUCCACAUCUUGGUUAUUGUGAAUAAUGCUACUAUGAACAUGGAUGUACAAAUAUCUCUUCAAAACUUGCUUCCAGUUCUUUAGUGUAUAUACCCAGAAGUGAAAUUGUUAUUAAUUCUAUUUUUAAUUAAAAAUUUUUUUUUGGUCAACUAUUUUAUUUUUAUUUAUUUAAAAACAUUUUUGGGGGGAGGAGGUAAUUAGUUUCAUUUAUUUGUUUAUUUAUUUAUUACUGGGGGUACUGGGGAUUGAACCCAGAACCUCAAGCUUGUUGAGCACACACUCUACCACUAAGCUGUAUCUUCUCCCCUCUAUUUUUAAUUUUUUUGAAGAACCAUCAUAUUGUUUGCUAUGGUGGCUGCACCCUUUUACACUCCCACUAAUAGUGCACAAGGGUUCCAAUUUCUCCACAUCCUCACCAACACUUGUUAUUUUCUGCAUUUUCUUUUUUUAGUAGUCAUCCUAAUGGAUGUCAGAUGGUUGUGAUUUGUAUUUCUCUAAUGAACAGAAUAUCCAUUUUGAAGGAGACAUGUUUGGUGAGAAUGGAGGGAGGGGAGCCUCUUAGCUCUGGUUUUCUGGAAGAAGGUGGCAUUUAAACUGAGACCUAAAAGAAGGGAAGGAGGCAGCCAUGGAGGAUCUGGAGGAAGAACAUUUUGGGGAGAGGAAGUAAUAAGUACUGGGGACCUGCAGUGUGAUUGAGUGCUGCCUGUUUUUGCUGGAGAAAUAGUGAGUAAUGGGGAGGGGAUGGAGGUGGGAGAUGUGGUCUGAGUGGGCUAGGUGAUCCAGGGCUUUAGGCCAUAGAAAGGAGUUUGUAUUUUCAAUUUACAGUAAUCACUGGUUUCCUCAGGUUGUGGGCAGGAGGUGGGCCGAGGGGGAACACAGGGGACAGAGGGAUGGCUGCUUGGAAAAAGGGGCUGACUGAGUGGUGAUGUCCCUAUGUGUGGGAGGGACAGUGCGUGCCCAUGGGCGCUUAGUGCUUGCGGGUGUGUGCCCGUGUGCAUGUGUGCAUGCGGAGGCCUGGGCAUGUGGGUUUGCAUGUGUGUCUGGACACUCCCAGAGGCCCUGGAUCAUUCUGUGAACUUCUCUCUCAAGCACUACUAUGCCUACCUCCUUCCUGCCCACACUGGCCACCCUAGCCAGCAGGGCUCAGUGUUGCUUCUCGGGCUCCUACCGUUGGCCUGGAACCAGCAAGGAGAUUCCAGAGCCAUACCUAGGGUUGAGGCUGGGCUCUGAGAAUGACGACAAAACUUUGAAGUUUUGAAGACCAGGGCAUGCCCGCCAGAGACCAGGAGAUGUCUCCAUACCUCACCUUUGCAAUGCAUCAAGGUAUGUGGGGGCCCCAGACUGGGUGAGCAGGGCCAGCUGCUGCAGUACCGACAAGGGCCGCGUGGGGACAGCCGAGGACGCCGAGGGGUGGCGGAGGAAAGGUUGGGGGGUUGGGGGACACGGGCAGGCAGGUCUGGGGUGAACCUCUGCGGGGCUCUGCGGUUUGUUUCCGCCUCCGAGUGGCUGUGUGUGUGUGAGGAAAAAAAGGAAGCCAUGAGCUCAUCGCCAUCCAGGGCAUCUCAUUUCAUCUUCACAGCCACAUCCUCAUAGGCCCAGAGAAGUGGAACCACUUGCCCAAGGUCACUCAGCAGGGGAUUCAGAGCAGGCCUGCUGGACCUCUCAGCCUGUGCCCUAACACUGCCCUACCCUGAGUGAGUUCAUCUGCGCAUGAGCUCUGGCUUGUUUAUCUGUCUCUAGGGCCUUACCUCACCCCAAGUUUCCCUGCCUCAUCAGGGCACAGUCCCUCUUGGGCAGGGCCAGGGCAGCCUGGGGAGGGAGGCUAGGACUUGAGACCCCUCCCAGAGGCCCCUGGGGAGGAGGCGUUCAGGGGUUCUGGGUUCAGCUCAGUUGUAUGCCCCCAUCACCAUGGGAAAAACAAUGUAUAGCAACAUCAGCCCCCUUUCUGAUCUUCCCCUUGGCUGAGGGCUAGGGCAGCAGGGUUACGGGGAUGAUGGGAAGCUGGAAGCCUCCUCCUCCAGAAAGUCCUCCCUGAUCACCCUCUCUGCCACCAAUGUCAGAAAUAGCAUUUGAGCUCCUUUGACACUUCAGUCAGGGAGACUAAAAACUCACUCUGGGUUGCUCUAAGGGACUUCAGAGACCCUUAAUCCAUUCUCUUAGUCAGCCUAGAAAUCUCUCUAACCCUCUUGACAACUGUCCAUUUUGCUUGCACAUCUCAUGUGGCAAGGGGCUCGCUGCCUUAAUGGGCAGCCCAUUCCAUUGUAGAACAGCGCCUUCUAGUGAGACCAAACUGGCCUGUCUGUCUCGUUGGAACUCGCUCACCCUGUGGAGCACAGAGCACGCACCCCUGUCUGCUGCACGCAGGCCCCAGCUGGCUUCAGAGAGGUCUGUGCCCUCUCACCCCCAUGCCCACCUUCUCUCCAGCUUCAGUGGCCCCAGCACCCCAUAAAGCACCUUUCUAGCCCUUCAUCUCAUGAGCAGCUCUCCUCUGGGUAUACUUUGGAUGAGAAUGGCUGCUUCUGUAGUGACUGCUUUUUUCUCAAUACACGAGAAAAUAUGGGUUUGUUGUAGGGAAAUUAGAAAAUACACACAAGGGAAAAACAGUCACAACCCCACCACCCAAAGACAAGCCCUUUUAGCUCCUUAGGAGUCUCCUUCCAGACUGACACCAAUGCGUGUGUUAAUAAAGCGCAAGGCAAAAGCUGGUGGUAGGAAGCCUUUUAGGGGAGAAAGGCAGUUAUUGUUUAACUUAACACUUUGAAGGGUCAUUUGGUUGUGAAGACAGGUCUGUUCUGGGAGGUUGAGGAAAGGAACAAAGAGAAGGAAAUGAUUCUGAUAGUAAAGAAAGAAGUUUGAGUUUCCAAGGGCCAUGCUAGAGAUGAGGGGAAAUGGUUCCGAAGCACUGCCCUCCUCACAAGCUCUCAACAAUCAUUCGCUCUCACUGUCCAUCAUCUUCGUCCUCCCCGAGCCUGGGGCUGGCGUCGUGGGAGUGGGGCAAAUCCAGGUUCCAGUGGCAGUGGCCUCCUCUAGAAUGAGGGAGCAAAGGCUGCAAUCCUGACCCCCUGGGGGAUGCCCCCCGCCUCACAAGAUCAAUCACACCAUGAAUGCUCCCCUUGCCCCAGGUAUCAGUCAAGUUGUGAGUCCAGCGGGUGGCACUGGCCGUGUGAAGGAAUAAGGGGUGUUCCCAAGAGACAGUACAGGGGAAACAGGACAGUGUGCAGGAGGUGAGAGGCAGAUGGGAAAUGGAGAAUUUCAUGGGAAUGAGGAAACAGAGCCAGCUGUACUAAGAAGAAAUUAAAGCUCCCCAAUAACUCCAGGGAUUGGGAUGGGAUGGGGUGGUGCACUGAGUACCCUGUGUCAUGGGCUGGGACCUUUUUAUUUAUUUUUUUAACAUUUUUUUUUAUUGAUUUAUAAUCAUUUUACAAUGUUGUGUCAAAUUCCAGUUGCACAAAUUUUUCAGUUACACAUGAACAUAUAUAUAUUCAUUGUCACAUUUUUUUUCUCUGUGAGCUACCAUAAGAUCUUGUAUAUAUUUCCCUGUGCUAUACAGUAUAAGCUUGUUAAUCUAUUCUACAAUUUUGAAAUCCCAGUCUAUCCCUUCCCACCCUCUGCGGGCUGGGACCUUUAGUGAGGGGAAUAACCCCAGAAACCUGCUUUUCCUUCUCAACUAGUUUAUAUAUAUAGAGAGAGAAUGUCUUUCCAUUUCAGCAAAUAUUUGUGAUGUGCCAUUUUAACUGCUGCAAAUAUUCCAGUGCAUAAAGACUCUGUGAUGUCUCUGACCACGCCCUAUUUUAGGACAUUUAGGACGUUUUGCUAUCAUAAUUAAUGUUUCAGUUAAAAGCCUUGUAGCUACAUCUUUGCCCACAUCCAUGUUUAAUUUUUUUAAGAUACAUUCCUAGCAACGGAACUGCUGGGUUGAAGAGCAGGGACAUUAACGCUUUUGAUACGUAUUGACAAAUUGCUCCCCAGAAGGUGGCGCCACUUUUGGCCCCUGAUGGGUCACAGCUGCGUGAAGGUGCCCCUUUCUCCACCCCUUAACCAUCAGUUGUCUUCUCUACCUAAUAUUUUAAUAUUACAAUUUUAAACAUACAGAAAAAUUGAAUACCUUUUAUUGCGACACCCAUCUAGCCACCACUCAGAAUUGACAAUUUACAUUAUACUGUGUUUGCUUUCUCAUCGUCUGUGCAUCUCUCUCCAUCAGUUCAUCUUCGUUUUUGGAUGUAUUUCAAAGUGAGUUGCAGGUACACUUCACCCCCCAACACUUCAACAUGCAUAUCACUAACUAGAGCUCAAUAUUUGUGUAUGGUUCUUUGCUUUUUUGAGACAAAAACCUAUAUAAUGAAAUGCAUAAAUCUUUUUUUUUUAUUGAAGUAUAGUUAGUUUACAAUGUUGUGUCAAUUUCUGGUGCACGGCAUAAUAGUUCAGUCAUUCUUAUACGUACAUAUAUUCAUUUUCAUAUUCUUUUCCACUAUAGGUUUUCACAAGAUAUUGAACACAGUUCCCCGUGCUAUACAGUGUAAACUUGUUGCCCAUCUGUUUUAUAUAUAGUAGCCAGCAUCUGUAAAUCUUGAACUCCCAGUUUAUCCCUUCCCACCCUCUUCCCCCUGGUAGCCAUAAGUUUGUUUUCUAUGUCUGUGAGUCUGUUUCUGUUUUGUAAAUGAGUUCACUUGUCUUUUUUCUUAGAUUCCACACAUAAAUGAUAUCAUAUGGUAAUUUUCCUUCUCUUUCUGGCUUACUUCACUUAGAAGGACAAUCUCCAGUUCCAUCUAUGUUGCUACAAAUGGCGCUAUUUUAUUUUCUUUUAUGGCUGAAUAGUAUUCCGUUGUAUAAAUAUAUCACAGCUUCUUUAUCCAGUCGUCUGUCGAUGGACAUUUAGGUUGUUUCCAUGUCUUGGCUAUUGUAAAUAGUGCUGCUAUGAACAUUGGGGUGCAUGUAUCUUUUAGAAUUAGCAUUCUCUCUGGGUAUAUGCCCAGGAGUGGGAUUGCUGGGUCAUAUGGUAAAUCUAUUUUAAGUCUUUUAAGGAAUCUCCAUACUGUUUUCCAUAAUGGCUGCACCAAACUACAUUCCCACCAGCAGUGUAGGAGGGUUCCCUUUUCUCCACAGCCUCUCCAGCACUUAUCAUUUGUGGACUUUUUAAUGGUGGCCAUUCUGACUGGUGUGAGGUAAUACCUUAUUGUAGUUUUGAUUUACAUUUCUCUGGUAAUGAGUGAUAUAGAGCAUUUUUUCAUGUGCCUAUUGGCCAUUUGUAUGUUUUCAUUGGAGAAUUGCUUGUUUAGGUCUCCUGCCCACUUUUGGAUUGGGUUUUUUUUUUUUUCUUAUGAAGUUGUAUGAGCUGCUUAUAUAUUCUGGAAAUUAAGCCCUUGUCAGUCUCAUAUUUUGAAAUAUUUUCUCCCAUUCUGCAGGUUGUCUUUUUGUUUUGCUUGUGGUUUCCUUUGCUUUGCAAAAGCUUGUAAGCUUAAUUAGGUCCCAUUUGUUUAUUUUUGCUUUUAUUUCUAUUGCCUGGGUAGACUGCUAAGAAAUGCACAAAUCUUAAGUAUAUCAUUCGUUGAGUUUUGACAAAUGCAUGUACUUGUAUACCCCAGCUCCUAUCAAGAUAUAGAAUAUUUGCAUCACUCCAGAAAGCCUCGUAGUCACCCCCUGACCCCACUGUUCUGGUUUCUUUCACAGUAGCUUAGUUCUGCCCAUUCUGGACCUUCAUAAGAAUGGAGUCAUAGAGUAUCCACUCUUUUUCUGUGUCUGGCUUCUUUCACUCAGCAUAAUGUUUUGGAGAUUCAUCCACAUGAUUGCAUAUGUCAGUCGUUUGCUCCUUUUUAUUGCUGGGUAGAGUUCCAUUGUAUAGAUGUAUAACAGCUUGUUAAUCCAUUCACCUCUUGAUGGACACUUGGGCCAUUUCCAGUUUGGGGCCAUUGUAAAUAAAGCUGCCAUAAACAUUCUUGUACAAGUCUUUGUGUGAACAUAUGUUUUCAUUUCUCUUGCAUACCUAGGAAUGGAAUUGCUGGGUCAUAGUUUAGGUGUGUGUUUAGUUUUAUAAGAAACUACUCGAUCUUUUUACAAAGUUGUACCAUUUUACACUCCCUCCAACAAAAGAUGAUCUUCGCCACUAAGUUUGAAGUUCAGAACACGGUGGGGUUGUCACCUCCUUGGUUUUGGGUGCUAUACCUCAGUGACUACUGCUGAAGGUCAUAAUGACAGGGUUGGCUGAGUUGCCCUGGAAAUCAACUGGACACCUUGAGCCAUUUCUCAUGGACAGAUGAAUGGAUGGGUGCCCAGCCAGGUCUUCUUGACCCUGAACUUGUACAGUUACUUUGUUGGAAUUUGAUUUUUUUUUCCAUUUGUUCUCAUUAAAUUCAAUUUUGUUCAUUCUGACUUAACCCUCUGUCCAGUCCUGAUAGUGAUGAGAUUAGCAAACUCACAUAUAGUUACCAUAUAACUCGGCGCGCUAACUCAUUCAGACUUCAGAACAACCCGACUGGAGAACUACUAUUAUCCCUAUUUUAGAGAUGAGGAAAUUGAGGCCCAGAGAGGUUAAGUAACUUGCCUAUGUUGACUCAGUCAUUAAUGAGCUGGGAAUAGAGCCUGGCAGUUUGGAUCCAGACAUCAUGGUCUUAACCACUCACUCUGUUUCCUCUUUAUGGCUUCAGAUGUCAUCUCCCUCCAUCUUCCAGUCUCAGCAGGCUCAGUGAGCAUGCCUCUAGGUCUUCAUCCAGAUUACUGGUUAAAAAACCAAAUGAAGCCUAUGGACCAGAUAAGUCUAGGGCCAAGGACAGAGCUCAGUGGCAUACCUCUGAAGAUCUCCUCUAUGGCAUUUUAUUUAUCCAUUUAUCUAUUAGACACUUAAGUUUCCACCUUUUGGCUACUGUGAAUAGGCUGCUAUCAAGCUUGUUAAUUAUUAUUUCAUAAUUCCUGUCUCAUCAGGUUCUUACCAACCCUUCCCACUAAGAUGGCUCUUGUCAAGGUCUCCACUGACAUCCAUGUUGCUAAAUCCAGAGGUCAGUUUUAAGCUCUCAUCUCACUUGAUCCAUCAGUAGCAUUUGACUUGGUCCAUCUCUCUCCUCCUUGAUGCUGUUUCUUCAUUUGGUGACGGGAUCCCACGCUUUCCUGCUUUUCUUCUACCUCUCUGGACACUCCUUCUGAGCCCUGCUUGUUUCUCCCUUUUCUCCCCUCCCACUUCUUCAUAUGGGAGGCCCUCAGGGCUCCUCUCCUGGCCUUCUGACACAGCCCCCACUCCUCCGCUCCUAGGUGGCCCCAUGACCUCUCCUGAAUGUCCAUCUCCCGAAUGUCCAGUACCCAGACCUUCCUCAUGUAUCUGGCUAUCUGACAUCUCCAGUUGGGUGGCCAACUGAUGUCUCAGCCUCCACCUGUCCUCCUCAAACACGUUCUCCCCCGCUUCCCCUCUUAUUUCCUGGCAGCUCUAUCCUUGCUGUUGUUCAUGCUCUCACGUUUUGCUUCACUCUUGACUCCUCUUUCUCUUAUAUCCUACACCCAGUUCCUCAUCUCAUCUUAUUGACUUUAACUUCAAAACAUCUGGGGGGAGGGUUUAGCUCAGUGGUAAAGCGCAUGCCUAGCAUGCACGAGGUCGUAGGUUCAGUUAUCAGUCCUGAACGGAGGGGAUAUUGGAACAGAUUUGCCCUGGUCCUGCCGUAGAGGACCUCUCAAGCUGUCAGGAGAGAAGGACAAGCAUAGUGAUGGGACAAGACAGACUGAGGGAUCCUGCUAUACUAAGCUGAGAUGAAUUGUACCCAAGGUUGGGGAGGGAUGUAGGAAGGGGGAAGUCACCCCUAUAGAGCUCAUUUCCCAGCUGUCACUGCCCCCAUCCACUCCAGUGCAGGCGGAAGGGUCCAGUUAAAGUACACACCAGGGACAAAAUACACACCAGAGAGUGGAGUCUGGGCUCUUUUUUACUUGAGGUAUGGUCUGCGGUAGGACACUUUCCUAGUUUCAGUGUCCUCAUGAGUAAAAUGGAAUACAUGAUGUCCACCUUAUAGGGUUGCUGUGAGGAUGAAAUGAGAUAAUGUGUGAAAUGAGAUAAUGCCAAGAACUUAGCAUGAACCUGGCUCACAGAACCGUCUUAAUAAAAGCGGCUGCGGUUAUUACCCGCGGUCUCCAAGCCGGUGGUUGCGCUUGGUAGUGUAGGUGCAAUUCUCACAGAUACCAGCAGGUGGCGCUCCGAUACCAUAAGAUCCGGUUCCUGGACUGACUGCUUUCGGAAGGGCGCCGGAAGGGGUUGGGCGGGGCGGCUUCCAGCUUCUCAGCCAGUUAGACUGUCCUUCCCGGCUGCGCUGAGGAGAGAUACCUGCACUCCCCUCAGUUCCAAGGAAGAGCGGGCCUGGGUCACCGUGGGAUAAUCAGUGAUGCCUCAGUUUUCCGUCUGUAUUGUGGAAGAGAAUGGCUUUCGGGGACAACCAGAGCCAAGUUAAGGAAAUACUCAGGUUGGUCCAGGUAAAGGACUUCCUGUACGAGCGAGCAUCCCAGCACUGGUUACAGGCUGGUUACAGAGGGACUGCGACUGGACCUCGGGCGCAGCUGGGCCUGGUGCUGAGGCAGGGGGAUGACUCAUAUGACCUCUAUUCGCUUCCCUUCUGGAUAAGAGAGAUAUUGAGAGAGAGAAUCCUGGGCUGCCCAGCGCGGAGGACCCAGGACCGUGCGUGGCUCCGUGACGCGCGCGAGACGCUCUGGUAAUCCCGAGUGCGGCCAGCAGAGGGAGGCAGAGAGGCUCGUGGGUCUCGCAGGGCUACCCUUCCAUUCCCAAGCUCGCCCUCCCGGGACCUUCCCCGUUGGCCGCAUCUCCCCGCGUCUCCCCAGGCCGGACUCAACACGUCUCGUGUCCCUUCGCUUUGAAAAAGGCUUGUCCUCCUCCCUCCGGCUGGGCUUCCUGGGGCAACACUGGGGUGAGGGCCGGCUUUAACCCUAACUCUGUGAGCCCCAGUUGAGCCCUAUCCUCUGGGCCUCAGUAACCUGGAUGAGGUCUACUGGCCACUGUAAUCCUAGCAGCUCUAAUUUCCUGAGAUGGGGUGAUGUUAGCUCCCCAAGGGUAAGGCUUUGAGUGGCAGAAGGAGAUCCUUUCCUUACCUCCCCCCCCCCCCAUUAACCCAGGCCUGGAUGGCCAGCUGGACCUCCAGAAGCAGGCGAAUGUACCCCAUCUCACCCUGGCCAGUUCCCGGCAUUCUCCUGGAUGGGCUCCCAGAGGUCCACAAAGGCUCUCAGACAAAGUUCUGGGCCAGGCUUUGCCUGUGCCCUGGGCCUGCAGCCGGCUGGCUCUAAACACCGCAAGUCCCUGGCACUCCUUGUGGGGCUUUGUCCACCAGCCCUGGACCAGUGCUAGCAGGGCCACACUUGCUGGGGGAGGGGAUGGGCCAGGCAGCUGUCAGAGCCUGAGCAGUCUCCCUUCCCUCUUGCCCAUGGCCUUGCUCUCCUCCAGGGGACCUUCCUUCUACCCUACCUUGCUGAGACAGUGCCCUGCCUUCUCCUUUGGGCUGCAAGCUCAAAUUGUCACUUUCUUCAGGGGCCUGCUCAUAUUCUACUACUGAUUUGUCCACUCAUCCAUCCAUCCAUUCAGCACUUACUGAGCUCCUACUACACUCCAGGCCCUUACUAGAUGCUGGAGGUCCCCUAGUAAUAAGAUUCACAGUCUUGGUGAGAUUGUAGGCAGGAGACUAGUAAAACCCAUACCUAAAAUUUGAUUUCAUCUUGUGGUAAAUAGAGUGAAGCAGAUAAGCAGCAUUCUCUAGGAAGCUCCACCUACUGGGAUAUUUCCCUUGGAAAAUCGUCUGUGCUGUGGAGAGAGGGACUUCGUCUGAGUCCUGCAUGCCCCCUCCCAGGGCCUGGCAAACAGGCGCACAAUAGGUGCUCAGUAAAUGUUUGUUGAAGGAAUGGAUGAAUCUUUACCCUCACAGCCAGGGGCUGCCAGCAAGAAGGGUCUUUCCACCGUACACUCCCUCCUAGUUAACACAGGAGUGGCAGGUAAUGUUGGGAUGUACAGGUGAGACCCUGAGGCUCCCAGGAUUCCACCUCUGGCCACUCUGGCCCCCUGCCCUACUCCUCACCACAUGGCUUCCCUACCUUGGGCCCAGCCAGAGUCCAGGGGCUAUGCGUGGAUUCCACCAUGAUUGCUCAAGCAUCCAUUCUUGGGCUUUAUCACCUUUUGGGUGCCUCCUGUGUGCUGGCCCUAGGGUCAGGAGGAUCUGGGGACCCAGAGAGGAGGGAGAAGGGUCCUUGCUCUCCUGGAUCAUCCAGUCCAGACAGUAAUGGCCAGUGUGUAUGUGCCGUGAUGGAGGAAGACCAUGGCACUGGGGGCCCGGAGAGGUGUGUGCCCAGCUUGGGGACACCUCCUCAGAGAGACCUCCUUUGAUUACCUGGCUGAAGGAGUUCCCACCCUUCCAGCUAGGUGCAGUCACAGCCCCAUUUUUUCUGUUUAUUUGUUUCAAAGCACUUUUUUAGUAUCUGCAGUUAUCUUCUGUCUUUGUCUGUUGGUGUGUUCAUUAUCUGAGUGCUUACUGGGGGCCUACAAUGUGCCAGGCAGUGUUCUAGGCCCUCAGGAUACAGAAGUGAAGGAACAGAUUUCCUGCCCUCCUGGAGUUUAUGGUCCAGUAAUGGUCGUGGUGGUCACGAGACAGACAAUAACUAGAAUCAACAUGUAGUAUACAGAUCUGUGUUAUGGAGGAAAAGAAAGCAGGGAAAGGGAGAGGUGGGUGAGGGAGGGGGUAGUAUUUAGGUAGGGUGGUCAGGGAAGGUGAUAUUUGAAUGAAGAGCUGAAGUGGGUAAGGGGUGAGUCAUGCAGCUACCCCAGGGAGGAGGGUUUCAGGCACAGGGAUAGCAAGUGCAAAUGCCCUGAGGUAGGAAUGUGCCUGGUGUGUUAGAGGAAAAGCGAGGAGGCCAGGAGAGGUGUGAGGUCAGAGAGGUGACUGGUGCCAGAUAAUGCGGGGCCUUGUAGCCAGUGUAAGACUCAGCUUAAGGCUUAAUGACCAGAGAGUCAUUUGAGGAUUUGGAGCAGAAGAAUGACAUGAUCUGACUGCCGCUGAACAGGAUCCCUUUGGCUGUGGUGUUGGGAAUGUUGGUUGUGUGGCUGUGUGGAAGCAGGGGGAGCAGUUAGGAGGCUACAGUAAUUAUCCUGGUGAGAGAGGAUGGUGGCUUGAGCCAGGUGGGGCAGUGGGGUGUGAGAGAAAGUGAAGCAAAGAUAACUCUCAGGUUUCCUGCCUGAGCUGAUGGAAGGAUGCUGGUGGUGACAUUUACUGCAAAGAGGAGGCUUUGGUUGGGAUAGGUUGGAGCUGCUCUUUGGACAUCCCAGUGGACACUUCAGACCAGCAGUUGGGCUUGGGGGUCUGACCUCAGGGGGUUAAGUUUGGAGCUGGAGAAUCAUUAGGGUUUAGAUGGACCUUGAAGCCAAGGUGGGCUCAAGGUGGGAGAGCGAAGGGGAGAAGACAGAGGACAGCCCUGGGGCGCAUCGGCAUUUGGAGGUCAGGGAGGGGAGGAGGAACCAGCAAAAGAAAAUGAGAAGGCAUAGCCUGGAAAGUGGGAGGGAAACCAGGGUAGUGUGGUUCUGGAAGCUGAGGGGAGAACAUAUUUCUCGGGGGGGUGUGGUGUGGUGGUGAUCAACUGUGUCAAAUGCUGCCAAUAAAUUAAGAUGAGGUCUGAGAAUUGACUUUUGGAUUUGGCAUCAUAGUGGUCACUAGGGACCAGGCCUUAGUCGUCUGUCUAGUCCCUUUGUACAAAUGUUAGAAAGAAGUGGCCUCUCUGUACCUCCCCUAUACAGGUGGACCCGGCUGUGCAGGCACACAAAAGGGAGACACCUCAGUGUAAGUGAAAAGGUGUCCCUCUCCCAGCCAGAGGUAGCCUUGAACUAGGCACACAGCAUGGUGAGAGGACAGCAGGCUGGAUUUCAGCUCCCUCUCCACUCCUUAGCCCCUCAGGCACCCUUGUGUGGUGCCCAACCUGUAUGUCCGUAUUCAGCAGCUGUAUUAGUGACUUUGAUGAGUAGUGUCAGUGGAGUGAGUGUGGAUGAGGAAUGAGAGUCAGAUUGGAGUGUGUUCAAGAAGGAAUGGAGUGGGGGACAGUAUAGCUCACUGGUAGAGUGUGUGCUUAGCAUGCAUGAGGUGCUGGGUUCAAUCCCCAGUACCUCCAUUAAAAAUAAAAAGUAAAUAAACCUAAUUACCCCUCCCCAAAAAAACCACCAAACAACAGCAACAACAAAAAGUCCCCAAAAUAAAAAAAAUUAAAAAAAAGAGGGAAUAGGGGAGGAAUUGGAGAACAUGGCCAACUUUCUCAAGGAGCUUUGCUGUAAUGGGGAAAAAGAAAUGGGACAGUAGCUGGAAGGAGCUGUAGGGUUGAGAGGAACUAGCCAAGUGGGGGUGGGUGAAGGGGAAGGCAUCCCAGGCAGGGGACCAGCAUAAGCAAAGUGAGGUCAUUAGGUCUGGUUAGUGUGGAGAGUCAGAGGUCCUGGAACAUCACAUUUGAGGUGGGAGGUGUCAGGAGAAGAUACUGGACAGGUGGCCUGAAGCCUUUAUCUUGGGGGUGGGGUUGGAGCAUGGCUGGGCACACAGCAGGUGCUCACUGAGCACCCUGGGAUUGCCUGGAGAAGCCCUUCCCAGCCUCUCCUCCCCAGGCCUCAGUCUUCCAGCUGGCACUUGGGAAAAUUGGGUGUUUCAGGUGUUCUCUGAGCCAGUGAUGGACCCAAAUGCUUUCCCCAAAUGCUUGGUAGGUCUCAGGUCUUGGCCUCGUUUUCUCCCUAGAUGCCCCCACGCUGUUCAGGCUGAGGAAGAGCAGGAGGCCCUGCCUGGGCCUAGGGAGGCAGGAGGUCAGGUAGAAGGAUGACCCUGGGAAUGGAGGCCAUGGCAGAGGCUGUGGUGGGCUGAGUGGCUGGGAACUGUGUCCCCUGCCCCUUUUCAGCCUCCAGAACCUGCCUUCCUGAGACUCAUCCUCAGGAGGAAAGGGAAGUUUCUUGGAGGAAUGAGAGAAGCUGUGGCUUCUUUCCCUGCAGGGAUGCUGGGGAAUACAGUGUAUUUUGGCUGCUGGGUGGGACGAUGCUGGCUUUGUUCUCUUUCAAGGCAAAAGUAGCUACAAGGAGUAAUAACAAUGACCCUCUCUUCCAUGCCCAUGGCACCCAAAGCACUCUCCUCACAAAGAGCCCACCUGUGGCCUUGUGACAAUCCUUUGAGCCCUUUGAGCUAGUUCCACUUGACAUGGGAAAAUGAGGGUCAGGGAUGGGAUAUAGCUGCCCGUGGCCACAUGGCCGGGAACCAGCAGUGGCCAGACUAGAACCCACGUCUCCUGGCCCUGGCCAGCUCAUGCCCAUUGCAGCAGGCUCCUGGAAUUUCAAGGGCUGGGAAGCAGACCCAGGCCAGGGACUAGGUGCUGUCUACCAGCCUGGCCCAGAUUAAGUGGGGAGACAGCUGGUUUUCCUUUUCGCAUAUAUUUAUUAAGCCAUACUGAGUGUUAGGUGUUAAGGAUACAUUGUGAACAAGGCAGACCAUGCCUUCAGGAGGCUCACAGUCCCUCUAGGUGGACAGAGAUUAAAUAAUUGAUUCCAUGAUUAGGUCCCUCAUUACAGUGGGAAGAGCCGUGGCCUGUUGGGUGCAUCUGUGGGCCAGGUCCUGGGUGGGUAGGCACUGAGCACAUCAGCUCCUUUCAUCCCUGGCCCAGCCCCACAAGGAGGGCUGUGACCAUCCUCAUUGGGUAGAUGAGGAAGUGGAAGCUCGGAAAGGUGGUCCAGCUGUGACUUGAGGUCAUGGGUCCUGAGGAUGGGGAGCAAAGCCCUGGCACUUCCACUUCCCCCCACAGCCCCUGCUGCUUGCCAACUGCCACCCAGCCCUGCCUCCAGGAAGCAGAGACUAGAACGUAGAGGGCAGGACAGCAGGGAAGCCCUCUGUGCCCUUCAAGAAGGCCCUGGCUUCCUGCAGUAGAGUGGCCCCCUUGUUUCUGGGCUCCAGAAUGCCCUAAGUUUUGAUGGGCAUGAAGGGGUGUGGCCAGAGUUCCCUCUCAACUGCCCAGCUGUGUCCGCAAGAUCAGACCUCGUGGCUUAUGCUUUUGGAGUCUGUAAAACAGGUUGUAGGAUUGUUUUGAAGGUUAAAUAUAACAUGUGGAAAGCAUUUAGUGAGGACUCUGGCACAUGGUAGAUGCACAUAGUUAAUAGCAGAAGUAUCACCAUGGUGAUUGAGACCCCAGCUGUGGCCCAUCUGGAAAAGGGAGGAGACUGAUCAUAGCUCAGACCCUGUACCUCCAGUUACUGCCACUUGGGCAGCUUAAACACCCCUCUCAGGUCAGCAAUUCUCUCUUCUCUCAUCCUCUUCUCCCUAAGAAGAGGGUCCCUGUCUGUGUGUGUAUGGGUGGAAAGAAGAUCAGAGAAAGCCUCAUGGAGGAAGAGGCAUUUAAGAAGGGAUUUGAGGAUUGAGUAGGAGUUCAUUGAGCUCAGCAGGAUCAAGGCCUGACCAGAGGGUGGAACACCUGCACAGGUACAGAGGUGGGAAGGAGCUGGGUGUAGUGAGCAGCCCCUGGGUAGGGCCUGAUUCUAACCUGAUCUCCCUCCUCUGUGGGAGGUGGCCUGCCCACCUGCCCUGCCUCCCCACAAGUCCUGGUCUCCCUAGAUCCCUGUGGGUGUGGGCCCUUCAUUUUCUCUCUGAGAGGUGGAACCUUGUCCUGUAAGAGCCUUACAGCCAGGAAGUAAUUUUUAGUGUUUAGCUCAGGUUCGAUACUGUCAACCGUCUUCAGAGCUAGGGUCCUGGAGGCGGGGAGGGCUUCAAAGUGGUGACUAGCAGGGCCUAUGUGGCAGGUUCCUGGGGAGAGAGUUUCUGCAGCCCCGAGUGCUGGGCCCCUGACCUGGCAAAGGGAUUCUGCAGCCCCUCCCUUCUACCCGCCUCAGGGUCUCUCCCCUUUGUCCCUCUCCUCUGCACCUGUCCUCACUGCACUCCUUCCAGCUCUGUCCAGGCCUAUCUUCUCACCCCAUACCCCAGGUCUUUCUGUCCCUCUGUCUGUCUCUGUAGGUAGGUAGCUAGGGCUCAGCCUCCCUCUCUCUGAGAUUGUCCACCUUGGUCCCUUGCACUCCUCGCUUCUCUCGGCCUGAUUAGGUCUCCUGGGCGAGAGAGUGUGUGUGUGUGUGUGUGUGUGUGUGUGUGUGUGUGUGUGUGUGUGUGUGUGUGUGUGUGUGUGUGUGUGUGUGUGUGUGUGUGUGUGUGUGUGUGUGUGUUGGGGGGCCGUCGGUAGAGGCAAGGAAUCAGACCACAAGCAGACCAGGGGAGGAGGGCAAGGAUCCGCUCCCGCCUUCACCCCGAGGAGGACCGAGCGGAUCCUGAGAGCUCAGGGUCUGUGGCCCGAGGGUCCCGCCGAGGGGGUGGUGUUGGGUCUGGCAGGCUGGCCCGGGGUUAGAGGACAGCUGGAGCUCGGCUGGGCUAGGAGGGGGGCGGAACCUCGCAGCGCUCCCCUCCCCCACUUUCUUAAAGGGCCGGCGCGGGCCGGUGCCGGACCGGCUGGUCGUCCCUUCCCCGCCGGGUCACGGCGCACGGUCGGUCCCUCAGUGCAGAGCGGCAGGCGGGCCGGCAGCCUGGGUGGCCGCUGUCGCCUCCCGGCUGCGCUCCCCGCGCGCUCCGCCCGCAGUCUCCCCCCUCCCCGCUCUUCCCCGCCCUUCCCGCUCCUCCCUCCCUCCUUCUCUCCUUCCUUCCCUCCCUCCUGCCGUCCGUCCCCCCAUUUCUGCUCAGCUUCUCCACAGCCGCGGCUCUCACACCUGAAGGGAAGGAUAGAAGCGGGCGCGGGAGCCCGGACAGGCGGCGGCGGAGUCGGACGGCGGCCUCCGCAUGGCCCCGCCGUGAGAGGCUGGACCCAGCGCCUGGGAGCAGGAGCGGUCUAGGGGCUAACCAAGAGCAGCCAGCACAGGGUAGAAGCAGUAGCUGCCAUGGAUGAGGAAAAGCUUCCGUCUGUGCUGCCUGGGGAAGAUGGUGCCGCCUGGGACCUCAGCCUGGAGCCUGAGAAGGAGCCUCUGGUCCAGAAUGGAAUGGCAUCCAGUGAAGACCUGAGCAGCAGCCACAGCAGCCAGGGGCACGAGAUACAGGGCACUCUGGCAGACACUGAGGAGCAUACAAAGGGCCUAGACAUGGCCCUCCACGGCCUCAGCCUUGGCCUUUCCCUCACCAAUGGCCUAGCCCUGGAGUCAGACUCAAGCAUUCUGGAAGAUUCUGCAGAGUCCAGGCCCUGGAGGGCUGGUGGGCUGGUAGAGGGGGAUGAUGCCUCCAGAAGCCUCUGUCCAGAUUCUGAGGACUCUCAGCUGGGGCUGGGUGGCCCCCAAGAGCCAGAUGUGCGGGACGGCUUCAGUGCCACGUUUGAGAAGAUCGUGGAGUCGGAGCUGCUGCGAGGCACCCAGUACAGCAGCCUGGACUCCCUUGAUGUGCUGAGCCUCACGGAUGAGAGUGACAGCUGCGUCAGCUUCGAGGCCCCCCUCACGCCCCUCAUCCAGCAGCGGGCCCGGGAUAGCCCUGAGCCAGGGGCUGGCUUGGGCAUUGGGGACAUAGGGUCCGAAGGGGACAUGGGAGCAGCUGGUGGUGAUGGGGAUCUGGGCAGCCCCCUGCGGUGCUCCAUCUCCAGCAGCCGCUCGGAGAAUGUCCUCAGCCGCCUGUCUCUCACAGCCUUGCCCAAUGGCUUCCAUGAAGAUGGAUCCCCAGGCCCUGGUGGGGAUGAGGAGGAUGAGGAGGAGGAGGACACAGACAAGUUGCUGAACUCGACCAGCGACCCCAGCCUGAAGGAUGGCCUGUCGGACUCAGACUCAGAGCUGAGCAGCUCAGAGGGGCUAGAGCCUGGCAGCACAGAUGCGCUGGCCAACGGGGGCCAGGGCGUCAGUGAAGCUGCCCACCGGCUGGCACGCCGCCUCUACCACCUGGAGGGCUUCCAGCGCUGCGACGUCGCCCGGCAGCUGGGCAAGAACAACGAGUUCAGCAGGCUGGUGGCCGGGGAGUACCUCAGCUUCUUUGACUUCUCGGGCCUGACUCUGGACCGAGCGCUCAGAACCUUCCUGAAGGCCUUCCCGCUGAUGGGGGAGACGCAGGAGCGCGAGCGAGUCCUUACGCACUUCUCCCGCCGGUACUGCCAGUGCAACCCUGAUGACAGCACUUCGGAAGAUGGGAUCCAUACGCUCACCUGUGCCCUGAUGCUGCUCAACACAGACCUGCAUGGACAUGUGGUAAGUGUAGCUGGUGGUGUGCAUGCCCUGUGAGCCUAGAACCCCAUCUCAUAUCUCCUUCUGUGUCCCCCAUCACCCCAUCUGGCCCCACCGAUCACUGCCCCCUCAUUGCUCACCCAGGGGUGGUCAGAGCCCCUCUGUUGGGUUGGGGAUGUUUCAGUGACUCAUGGGGACAGCAGGACACACAUCUACUUCAGGAGUUAACCAGGAAAGUCCAGGGCAUAUAGGGUGGAAAAAAGAGCUGGGACAGGCUCAACUUCAGUUCCUACUCUUGCCUCCAGGUGGUACCUCUGUGGCCGUGGGCAAGACACUCGCUUCUCUGGGUCUCAGGUUCUACAUCUGUGCGGUGGGAAUAAUGAUUUCCUUCUUAGCACCCUGGGGAGGACUGAGAGAGGUAUCCCCAAGUGUCAGGAUCUGGCACUGAGUAAGGAUCUUAUUAUGAAUAUUAUUAUGUAAUAAUACUAAUAUUAUUCAUUGUUAAUAUUAAAAUCUAAAUGAUGGUGAGUCCGAAGGCCCAGGCCCUGGAGGAUGAAGGAUGUGACAGCAGCCUGAGUGGGUGUGGGCACACUGGGGCACCUGGCCUGGGGAGGGAGGGUCCUCGGUGACCUAGGCACAAAGAGGAGUUGUGUGACAACUUCGGUUAUGUCCACCUGGGCCAUCAGCCUGAGUGUGGAAUAGGAGAGAAGACAUGUGUAUUCCAUGGGAAUGUCACCAGAGCUAGUACCCACUAACAGGCUGAUGUUCAUCCGAGACUGCUCACUGUUUACAGAGAGCAGGUGUUGCUAGCACACCUUAAAAGGAACGUUAAGUACCCCCUUCUCUCCCCAUCCCCACGCUUGGUAGGGCUGAGGCCCAUCUCAGGACCCAGUCACUUCUGUGUCAAGCCCUGGAUGCCUUUCCCCGUGGUUGAGAGCUGCUAACAAGGGCAGCAUUCGGUGAAAUCCGGGUGGAGAGUAGCCCCCAGCUUGGUGGGCCUUAGCUACCCACGGCACCACAGUAAUGCCUGCAGCUCAAGAGAAACAUCAACACCUUCAUAGAUCAGAAGUGAGUGAGGCAGGAUUGUUCACACUUGCAGCCCACAGACGUUGAAAACCCAUGUUUCUCACUGUGCAGUAUUGCACAGUGAUCAGGAGCAAGUGUUUUGGGUUGGAGUCCUUUGCAUUUCUCCACAGGACAGCUUGUGGCCUGGGGCCAGUUACUUGUUUCCCUAAACCUCAGUUUCCCCAUUGUAAAGCUCUUGGGAAACUUAAGAAGACAGCACUUGUAAAGCACUGGGCCCAGGGCUGGGUUGUGGCAGUUACUGUGAGCUUUGCAAAGGGCCCCAGUGGAGGUGGCAUCCCCUGCUUCGUGCUUUCCUCCCUCCCUUCCUCUUCUCAUUCUGCUGCUCUUCAACAGAGACUGAGUGCCAGGUGGAAGAUGGGGAUCUCAGGAAUGCAGGGCCUGCUAGGGCCCCCAGAAAUAGAUCUGGUCAGAGAGGGAGGCAGUAAAGGGGCUGACAGAGGGAGCAGGUGCGCACUCUAGUGGAGGAAUCAGGAGGGCUUCCUGUAGGAGGUGCAUUUGGACUCUAGGAGCUGAGCACCUUCUGUGGUCCAUAAACAAGGAGGAAAGAGAACUUCUGCCUCAGGGUGCCUACCAUCUAGUUAGAGGAUUUAGAAAAUAAAUAAGUAAACAAGUGAUUACAAAUAGUGAUAGGUCUGUGAAGGGAAUAAGUAGGUGGGUGUGAUGGGGUAAGAUGGGGGUCAGGGAAGGCCUCUCAGAGGAGGCAGGGUUGGGGAAGAGACGUGGAGGAUCAGCAGGAGUCAGCCAUGGAAAGAUGGAGAACAAAGCCUUCCAGGCAGAGGGACCAAUAAGACUGGUUUCUAUCUUUUGGCUAUUGUGAACAGUGCUGCUAUGAAUAUUGGUAUAUAAAUGUUUAAUUAUUUUACAAUUUAUUUUUAUUAUUUUAUUGAAUGAAAGAGUCUUUGAAUUCUUUAGCAAGUUACAGUUUUCAAAAUUUUCACACACAUAAUUGCAUAUAAUCCCAUAAUAACCCUCCCCCCCAUGUUGCCCCUCCCCUCUCCCCACUGGUAACCACUAGUUUGCUCUCUGUGAGUCUGUUUCUUUUUUGUUUUAUUCACUAGUUUGUUGUAUUUUUUAGGUUCCACAUGGGAGUGAUAUCAUACAGUUUUUGUCUUUCUCUGUCUAACAUAUUUCACCUAGCAUGAGUUUUUGUUUGAGUACCUGUUUUCGAUUGUUUUGAGUGUAUACCUAGGAUUGGAUUGCUGGGUCAUAUGGUUGUUCUCUGUUUAACUUUUGGAGGACAGUAAAACUGUUGCCACAGUGGCUCUGGUUUGAAGCUAGGUGGGAGAUGAUGUUGCCUCGGGCAGACAGGGCAGUGAACGUGGAGAGAAGGGACUGAUGAGGGAGACCAGUUGAGGGUGAGUCUGACAGGACUUGCUGAUGGGGCUGCUCAGGGAAAGAGAGGAAUAAGGAUGGGUUCAGCAUCUGGCUGGAUGGCAGUGCUAUUUCCUGAGAGGGAAAGGAAACACCUCUGUGUGUGUGGAGGGUGUGGUGAGUGGGAGAGCUGGGAUUCGAGUCCCAUUUUUGACACAUUGUGUUUGAGAUGCCUACUGGUCAUGAAUUUGGGGUUGCCAAGGAAGCAGUGGGAUAAACAAAUCUGGGAUGCCAGAGAGAGAUGGGGUGAGGAGGUCACUGCCAUCCUGAUGGAAUAAAAGCCAUGAGACUGGCUGAGUGUCUUAGGGAGAGAGGCAGGCUGGUGGCCUCAUCCUGGGGUGUGAUGUUAUUUAGAGGUCAAACAGAGCAGCAGGAGAGGCUUUGAUGCAGCCACGGAGAUUGGAUGAAAAGUGGGACUGUGUGGUGUCCCAGAAGCCAAGAGAAAAAGGUGUUUCAACGAGAAGGGAGUGGCCAACUGUCUAAAAGGCUGCCAUAUGGUCAAGAAAGAUGAGAAGAGAAAUGACCAUUGGGGUUGGAAUGGCCAUCAGUGAGUCAUUAUUAUUGGAUGGUCAAGGUCAUUGGAGACCUUUACAAAAGCACUUUAGGUGGGGUCUGGCGAGGACUAAAUACCAGGCUGGAGUGGGUGGAGAUGAGGAUAGGUGGUGAGGAAAUGGAGGCUGUGGAGAAUUCUUUCACUAUCUUUGGCUUUGAGUGGGAUCUUAAAAUAAGCCAGGGGCUGGAGGGGUCUAGGAGGGACUGUUUGAAAUCUGACUAGACCAUGUGUCUAUGCCAAUAGGAUCCACCAAGCAGGCAAGGAGAAACUGAUGGUGCAGGACAGAGAAGGGAAAAUGGAAGCUUUCCUUGAGAUGAGCAGCCUAGCAUAGGUGGAGAGUGGCCUUAGCUGAGAGUAGGGACACUCAGCCCCUAUGAUAAAGUGAGCUGGAAGGGGAGGUUGUCAGAGGAUGGUGGUUUUAACCUCCAGACAAGAGAAGGUGGCAGCUCUGGUUAGAAUUGGACAUGGAGACAGGGAGAGAAAUUAAAAAUUCAUUUUGGCUGUACAGUCAAUAACACUGGUUAAUGGAGUGAAUGUUGGGGUGAGGGAAGGAGAAGCAUCUCGGAUGAGGCCAGUAGAGAGAAGGGAGGAGAUGGUGGGAGAAGCUGUGCCAUGAGCUUCGGAGCUGAAACAAAGAUGAGUGUGCACCAUCACUGCUCUCUGGUUCCAGAAUAUUUUCAGCACCCCUAAAGGAAAUCCUGUACCUAUUAGCGGUCACUCCUCAGUCUCUCCUUCCUCCAGGCCCUGGCAACGACUGAUUUGCUCUGUUUCUAUGGAUUUGCCUAUUCUGAAUGUUUAAUGUAAAUGGAUGCAUACAAUAUGUAGCCUUUUGUUUCUGGCUCCUUUUACUUAGUGUAAUGUUUCCAAGGUUAAUCCAUGUUAUAGCAUGUGUCAGUAUUUCAUUCCUUUUUAUGGUCAAAUAAUAUUCCAUUGCAUGAAUAUGCCACAUUCUGUGUAUCCAUUUGUCUGUUAAUGGAUAUUUGGAUUGUUUCCACCUUUUGGGUACUGUGAAUAGUGCUACUAUGAACAUUUGUGUACAAUUUUUGUUUGAACACCUGUUUUCAAUUCCUAAGAGAAGACCAGCUGCAUCACAUGGUAAUUCCAUGUUUAACUUUUUCAGGAAAUGUGGAACUGUUUUCAUAGUGGCUAAACCAUUUAAAAUUCCCACUAGCACUGCAUAAGGGUUUCAGUUUCUUCACUUUCUUGCAACACUUCUUUUCUUUUCUUCUCCUUUUUUUUUUUUUUUAGAGAUAGCUAUUCUAGUCAGUAUGAAGUAUCUUAUUUUGUUUUGAUCUGUAUUUCCCUAAUGACCUAUGAUGUUGAGUAUCUGUUCAUGUGCUUGUUGGCCAUUUGUAUAUCUUCUUUGGUGAAAUGUCUAUUCAAGUGCUUUGCCCAUUUUAAAAAAAAUUUUUAAUUUUUAUUAAAAAUUAUGGUAAAAAUUGUGGUAAAAUAAGCAUAACAAAAUUUACCAUCAUCACCACUUUAAAGUAUAUAGUUCAGUAGUAUUAAGUCUAUUCACAUUGUUGUGCAACCCAUCUCCAGAACUUUUUCAUCUUCCCAAACUGAAACUCUGUACCCAUUGCACAACUUCCCAUUCCCUGAUCCCCCUGGCUGUUGGCAACCACCAUUUUACUUUUUGUCUCUACGAAUUUGAUGACUCUAGAUGCCUCAUGUAAGUGGAAUCAUAUAGAAUUUAUAUUUCUGUGACUGGAUUAUGUCACUUAGCAUAAUGUCCUCAAGGUUCCUCCAUGUUGUAGCAUGUGGCAGAAUUUCCUUCCUUUUUAGGACUGAAUACUAUUCCACUGUGUGUAUAUGCCACAUUUUGUUUAUCCUUUCAUCUGCUCAUGGACAUUUGGGUUGCUUCCAUCUUUUGGCUACUGUGAAUAAUGCUGCUGUAAACAUGGAUGUGCAAAUAUUUCUUUGAGACUUUGCUUUUAAUUCUCUUGAGUGUAUACCUAGAAGUGGGAUUGCUGGAUCAUAUGGUGAUGUUAUUUUUCACUUUUUGAGGAACAGCCAUAUUGUUUUCCAUAAUGACUGCACCAUUUUACAUUCCCACCAGCAGUGCACAAGGUUUCUAGUUUCUCCACAUCCUUACCAACACUUGAUAUUUUCUGUUUUUUGAUAGUAGCCAAGUUAUAUCGUAUAAUGGUUUUGAUCUGAAUUUCCCUAAUGAUUAGUAAUGUUGAGCAUCUUUUCUUAUACUUACUGAUCAUUUGUAUACCUUCUUUGGAGAAAUGUAUAUUUUUAAAUUGGAUUGUUUGUGUUUUUGUUGUUGAGUUCUAAGAGUUCUCUAUAUGUUCUGGAUUUUGUACCCUUAUCAGAUAUAUAGUUAACAAAAAUCUUCCCAUUCUGUGGAUUGUCUUUUCACUCUCUUGACAGUGUCUUUUGAUGCACAAAAGCUUUUAAUUUUGAUGCAAUCCACUUUAUCUGUUUUUUCUUUUGUUGUGUGUGCUUCUGUUGGCGUAUCUAAGAAACCAUUGCCAAAUACAAGGUCAUGAAGAUUUAGCCCUAUGUUUUCUUCUAGGAGUUUCUUAGUGUUGGCUCUAAUUGCUCUGGUUCGAACUUCCACUACAGUAUUGAAUAGAAAUGGGGAAAGUGGGUAUCCUUGCCUUCUCCUGAUCUUAGGAGAAAUGCUUUCAGUCUUUCACCAUGAUGUAUGAUAUUAGCUGUGGGUUUUCAUAAAUUCCCUUUAUCACACUGAGGAAGUUCUCUUCUAUUCCUAGUUUGUUGAGUGGUUUUUUUUUUAAAUCAUGAAAAAAAGUUGAAUCUUGCCAAUUGCUUUUUCUGUAUCAAUUGAAAUGAUCACAUGUUUCCCCCCAUUCAUUCUGUUAAUGUGGUGUAUUAUGUUAAUAGAGUUUUAUAUGUUGAACCACCCUAGCAUUCCUGGGAUACAUUCCAGUUGGUCAUGGUAUAUAAUCCUUUUAAUAUGCUGCUGUUUACCAGUAUUUUGUUGAGGGUUUUUACAUUUAAAUUUAUAAAGGAUAUUGGUUCAUCAUUUUAUUUUCUUGUGAUUUCUUUAUCUGGUUUUGGUAUCAAGGUAAUGCUGGCCUUAUAGAAUGAGUUAGGAAGUGUUGCUUCUUUUUUCAGUUUUUGCAAAGAGCUUGAGAAGUAUUAGUGUUAAUUUUUCUUUAAAUGUUUGGUAAAGUUCACUAGUGAAGCUUUCCUUUUGUGAGGUUUUUGAUAACUGAUUCAAUCUCUUUAUUUCUUUUUAGGUCUGUUUAGAUUUACUAUUUCUGCUUGAGCCAGUUCUGGUAGUUUGAGUGUUUCUAGGAAUUUGUUCAUUUCAUCAAGGUUGUCUAAUUUGUUGGCAUUAAUUAAUUGAUUAUUGUUACCAAAUUAAUUGUUUAGAAUUCUUGUUCUUCCUGUUACUGAGAGAGUAGUGUUAAAAUCUCCCAACCAAGAUUGUCAAUAUCUUUCUUUUUCAGUUCUGUCCAUUUUUGUCUUUUAUUUUUUGAGACUAUGUUAUUAGGUGCAUACAAAUUUAGGAUGAUUAUAUCCUCUGGUAGAUUGACCCUUUUAUCAUUUUGAAAUAUCUUUCUUUAUUAGUAGUAAGGCUUCUUGCCUUCAAGUCUAUUUUGUCACUUGUCAGUAUAGUUAUACUGGAGUUCUUCUGUAGUAGAAAAUAUGUUUCUAUCCUUUUGCUUCCAAGAUUUCUGUUCCCUUGUACUUAAGAGGGGUCUCUUGUAUCAUAUAUUUUACAAAAAUCAAGUCUGAUAAUCUUUGCCUUUUAAUUUGACCAUUUAAUGAAUUACUGAUAUAUUUGAUUUCAAACAUAUCAGGGUACUCUUUCUUUUCUCUUUGACUCAUCUCUUCUUGUUGCUUUUUUCUUCUCCUUUAUUGACUAUUUUGGAUUAUUUAAUUUUUUGGUAGAGUUUCAUCUUCCCCAUUAGCUUGUUAGUUGUGAAUUCUUCUAGAAUUCUUAUUGUGGUUUGCAAUAUGCAUCACUGACUUUAACCACAUGCUGGGGAAUGAAAUAAUCUUACAAUACUUUAUCAUCCUCUCAACUCAUAUACUAUUGUUAUCAUCCUUUUAACUAUUAUAUCUUUUUCUAUAUUUUAUUCCCUGGAAAAUUUUAUUAUCAUUGCUUUGUCAAUGUUCAUUUAGAUUUAGCCACUGUUUUUGUUGCUUUUCAUUCCUUUCUGCUUCUCUAUGCUUCCACUUACAAUAACUUUCUUUCUGUCUGAAGAACCCCCUUUAGUAUCUCCUGUCUUAAUUUCAACUUUUUUUGGUUGAAGUAUGAUUGGGGGCUUUCCCAGGGCUCCUUGUAUUUGGUGGGCCCUGAAUUCCAAUUUUUGUUCUUUGUUUUUGUUUUUGUUCUUGACCACUUAGUUGCUCAGCCUUUUGGCAUGGCUUGAGAAUUGACAAGUGCUUCGAAUAAAAGCUGCUCAUCUCUCCAUGCUUCCCUUCUUUGCCCAGUCUUUACCCUUGAAGUCCUCACUGCUCUUCUAUUUCUCCAGUGUCUUCACACAGAUGUUUUAUUAGUAUUCUGACCAGCAGUUGUUUCUGAUAAGAAGGUUCAUCUGCAACAAGAUAGUCUAUCAUUACUCAGAUUGGAAAUCUUGCCUGGUUAUUUUUUGAUUUUGUACCCCUGACUGAUGACUGAGUGUGUGGAACUCAGACAAUAUUAUCAGCAUUGCCUUCAUACUCCUCAAUUAUGAAUGUGCACGUGACUAUAUACAUGUAUAUAUACAUACAUAUAUGUACAUGUAAAAUAUACAUAUGAAACAUACUAUAUUAAGGUACAUAUAGGAUCAUUUUUCUUAACCCUUUGGAAAAGGUGUAGAAAAUUCUUGCUUGUCAGCUACUUAUAAAGCUUUAUAUCAUUGUUUUCUGAGUUAUUUUCUGUGAUGUGUGAAUGUCCCACGUGAUGUUCAUAGAUUCUCUUUGCUGAAAUGGUGCUAAGGUCAAUACAUUUGGGAAACUGUACAUGGAAUCCUCUCUUUGGAGACUCUCAACAAACAGAAGCACAUGAAACAUGUAAAUAAACUCAUUUGAUUAUGAAAUCCUUUUUAGGGGGGAUUCCUAUUCCCAUCUGUAGGUGAAUCUUGGGAAACACUGCCUUAUAGCAAACCUAAAUCCACAAAGUCCUAUACCAAUAAAUAUCUGGUGUUCCAUGGUCUUUGUCUUCACAAAGGUGAAGUUUUCUCAAAUGUGGACCCUGCAAAGAAAGUCUGAAAGUAUGCACCUCAGGUGUUGGGUGUGGAUGGCUGAAGCCCCUCCUCUACUCAGUGACUUAAAAAAGAAGGCAGACUUUGGGGUCCAGUCAUUCCCAGCUCUUUGUCUAUUUGUGCCUCCUGGAGUGAAACCAUCUGCUUGGGUUCCUUUGGUCCCAGUGCAGCUCAGCAUGUGGUACCCAUGUAUGUUGGUGGAAAUUAAUUUUUGAUUCUUUUAAGACCAAACUCUCCCUCACUUCACCUACCUCUUGGAGGUCUUGCCGCCCCUCU